AUGGAAAAGUGCCACAUGACUGUCGUACACUUGACUGAGACUAGCACAGCCAGCUCCUCCGUUUUUGCCGAUGCUUCAUCAUUUGACGACAAAGAUUUUUCAUCAUUUCAGGAUGACAGCAAGGCUCCGCUGGUAACGUUGAACAUAAAGAACAUGUCGUACAGAGGUGUUUCAAACAAAUAUACUAUUGCCACAUUUGACGUUUUCAAUGCCAUUCUCUGUGAAGGAUACAAAUCCGACUCAAAUGAUCUUCAACUGGAUGACCUACAACCAGAUACGAUUGUUGGUGACCGGCGCAGACAGAGGAGCAUGACCAUCUGA